AUGUUAUCAUUUAUACGUAAACGGUUUCCAUCUAAAGAUCGAAGUAAUGAGCAUCUUCAAAAUAUGAAAUCACAUUAUAUUCACCAUGAAUAUCAGAAUGAUGAUCAAUUGAGAAAAAGUCAAUCUACAAACGAUAUCAAUGUUAAUAGUAAUGUAAAGAAGAAAAAGAAGAAGAAAAAUAAAAAGGACAAAGAGAGAUGCUCAUCAACUGUGGAUGCAUUGAAUGUUAGUUCAAAUGUUUCACCGAUGGAUAAUCUAAUCAAUAGAUCGUAUUCGGAUGUUGAUUAUUUUCCAAUGAUGCCUGGACGUCUGUUUCAAUCGAUGAAUCGUGACAAAAAGUUGACAAGUCUUGAUUCAUCAUCAGAUCCUUAUUUGAAUUCAUCGGAAAUAAUGGAACCAACAAAUGUUAAUACUUACAGGAAAGUUUCACAAAUAAAAACGCAAACAUUUGAAAUUUCAGUUAUCGAUUGCCGACAAGCUCAUCAGAUACCUAAUUAUAAAGAUGUUGAUUAUCAACGAACUAAAGCUCUUAGAGGAGUAACUGAAGAACUUACAAAAAAAAAGAUAAAUUAA